AGAUUCCACGCGGAGCAAGCUGCUGCCAUGCGAGCCGCUGCAGACGCUGCCCGUGCUGAACAACUUCGUGCUGCUGAAGCCGCUCAACGACCCACGAUCAAGGAAGCGCCUAUGGAUCCGAAAUGGAGCGACCAUCGAGACUUCGCCGGAGCAUACAUGAUGGCUGCGCGCCGGAAGGUCGCAGUCGAGCCUGAAGAUGAUCGUCAUCAUGCUCCCCAUGCUCCUCAUCCUCCUGCUCCAGGUCUACGAAGAGCUGAGACAUCGUUCAAUCCUCCAUCCCAAUAUCAAAUCCUCGGAUACACCUCCCUCGAAACGAGAGAAGUCAAGACGAAGAUCGCCUGAACAUCCUCAAGAUCCAUAUAUCAACAUUGUUGAGCCACCUUCUCCGGGUCUACCUCCAAAGAAGCCGUCCCUCAAAACUUAUUCAUCAGAACCUCCCAUGGUGUCGUCGAGAAAAGAGCCCAGUCGAUCGAAAACUCAAGACUAUCCUCGACAAGAUCCUAAUCCACCUCCUCUCCCCCGAGCUCAGACCUUUAAUGGUGAUACGAGAGAACGAGGUCGGGAUCAUGGUAGCAGUAGGUUGAGAAAAGAAUAUGCGUCGGCUGAAUCCGACUCGGAUGCUCCUGGGUAUCCUUCACCUCGACUCUCUCACAGUCCUCGUCGAACUGUCCCGGAGCCAACGGUAUAUCGUGUACAAGAUUCACGUGCUCAUCCCGUUCCCUCUCGAAGUCAUCGCUCAGACCUUCAUGGUCUGAAUGAGCCUUCUUAUGCACGUGAGCGAAGUACAUCUCCUCGUGGAACUCCACAUCGACCUCCUAUGUCACGAAAUCCUCCCAGUGGCGAGUAUCGUACUUCUCCUAGUGCAUAUUACUCUGUCCCGGAAGCUCCACCCACGAAACCGCAUAUCGUGACCGCGCGACCCAAGAUGCCGAGGGAGGGAAGUGGACGAAGUCACAGUCACAGAGCAGCACCGAAUGCAUCUUAUGAACAAGUCAAGUAUGCACCUACAUAUGAUCAAUCACAAGUCAAAUUUGCAGAUUAUGCUGCAGCAAGCCUGUAUGAUUCCAACCCUGGUCAAGUCGGUCGUUUAUAUGCAGGUGCAUCGUUCGUUUGGUUUGUUUUCUGGAUUCGUUGUUGUAUUUUACAUACGCUCACACUCCUUCAUUCGUUGUGGAUGGGGAGGGAACCGUUGAGCCGGAGGUUGGCAUAGUCUUUUUAUGGAGUUGGGGAUUGUGCUUUUAGUGAGAGGGGAAUGGCAAUGAGAAGUGGCGCCAAGAUUGAUAGGAGAGGAGAAGAAGAUGAGGUGUGGGGAGAGACGAAGAAGAAGAGAAGACUUGAUACGAUUGAUGAUGGCAUGGCAUGAUACGAUCUUGAUGAGCAAACAGAACACAGCACAGCACAGCAAGCAGUGCAAUACCGCACUUGCAUCUGAAAUGGAGUUAUUUUCUCUCUUCUGAUCUUGAUCUUGAUUGUUUCAUGACUGCUAUUGUUUUCCUGCCUUU